AUGCGUUGGUCUGUUGCAGAUUCUGCUGUUAUUGCGGUUGUUUCAUUUUAUCUAAUCCAAGCACCUUUCACAAAAGUUGAAGAAAGCUUCUCAAUACAAGCUAUAUAUGAUAUAUUGAAGUAUGGUGUUGUUGAUAUAUCUCAAUAUAAUCAUUUCAGUUUUCCUGGCGCAGUUCCAAGAUCAUUCGUUGGGCCAUUGAUCAUUGCCUGUUUAAGUAAACCAUUGGUUCUAGUAUCCGAAUAUAUUAGUAGAACCUCUAAACCAAUUACCGAUUUUGACACACAGUUAUUAGUUCGUUGUGUUAUUGGAUUAACUAAUGCUAUUUCUCUAAUUUAUUUAAAGAAUUCUGCCAUUAGAUGUUUAGAAUUAGAUAAGGAGAGAUUACAAGAAGAAGACAGGAAGAGAAAAGAGGAAUCCAGAAGUUUGAAAUCUAGAGUCCCAGAGGUGAAUUUAUACACUGUGGGUAAUUGGUUCCUUGCUUUCACUAUAUCUAGUUUCCAUCUGAUGUUUUAUUCAUCAAGACCAUUACCAAACUUCAUCAUGGCCUUUCCUCUAACAAAUAUUGUCUUUAGUUGGAUCUUAUUAGGUGAAUACAGAUAUGCUAUUGCUUUAUGUGCUAUUGUAGCAACUGUCUUUAGGAUUGAAGUAGCUGCGUUGGGCAUAGGUCUGACUUUGUUUUCGUUGACAUUUAAGAAGAUCACUGUUUUUAAUGCUUUGAAGUUUGGUAUUAUAGGUACUUUAACCGGUAUCACUAUCUCCUUAGUUAUUGAUUCUUACUUCUGGCAUGGAUAUUGUGUUCCUGAAAUAGACGCUUUUAUUUUUAAUGUUGUCGAAGGCCAAGCUUCAAAGUGGGGUGUAGAAUCUCCACUGGCAUACUUUACGCAUUAUUUGCGUUUAAUUUACAUUCCUCCAACUAUUCUACUGUUGUGUAUUUUAGGUUACAGUGUUGCUCCUUCUCCUUUAAGAAUCACAUUUCUAACAUCCUUAUUCCACAUUUUAGCUCUUUCUUUACAACCACAUAAGGAAUGGAGAUUUAUUGUAUAUUCAUUACCAAUGAUUACUCUCGCAGGUAGUGUCGCCGCUGCAUACUUAUGGGAAAAUAUUAAUAUGAAUACUACAUUUAAGAUGGGGUUAAUUUCUUUACUACCAUUAUCACCAAUCAUCUCUGGUACCGCUUCUUUAAUUUUCCUGUUUAUUUCUAAACUGAAUUAUCCAGGUGGUAAUGCCUUAGUUCAAUUUAAUGAAAUGAUUGUUAACAAUAACAUUACUAAUGUGACAGUGCAUAUGUGUGUACCUGCUAAAAUGACUGGUAUCACAUUGUUUGGUGAAUUGAAUCCUGAUGUCUAUGGAGUAGUAUAUGACGCAAGUGAGGACACUCAAAUAUUAAGAGAGAAAUGGUCUUCAUUUGAUUAUUUAAUCUCUGCAGAACCAGAAGCAUCAUAUUUGCCUUUUGAAAAAAAACCAGAAAACAAUUGGGAAUUAAUCAACACAGCAUCCAUGUUUGGUGGUAUUAAUACCGAAUUUUUAGUAGACUUUUUUGUAAGUGGAAAUCAAACUGCCUAUUCAAUAUGUAAAGAUAUGUUAUUUAAUGGUUCCGUCACAGAUAACUUAAACAAUUUCUUGGAUAGUGCUGUGAGACAUGACAAUGUACUAUUUAUCUAUAAAAGAAUUGGCUAUGACAUAGAAGAAGAAGAUAAAGGAACAAAUUAA